AUUAGAUCACAUCAGGGAUGAAACAGUACACAUUUUGCUCACAUUUCUGUUAAAACAAAUUAAUAAAAAAUAAUUUAAAGGUGAAGUGAGUAGUUUCUGCACCUGAUGUCGUCAAACGGAGUCAAGUUUUAAACAUUUAAGUACUAUGCAUUUCUUUAGAGCUAACACUUUUCAAAUGAGGGAAAAUACUGAGUGCAACUUAAAACAAGGAUAGGACAAAUCAUUUUUACAUAAAAAAAAAAUGUGUUGCAGAGGUAGUCCACGAGGUGGUGAUAUUUAUCCCUUUAAUUCUCUACAGGGACCUACUUUAGCAGUUCUUAAACUUUUAUGAAAUUUUAAAGUCAAACCUAUUAUAACAGUCUCGUGCAGAGACAUUCGUUUUAUAAAGGUGGCGUUGUUUCAAAAGUGUCUACAAAAUGUCAGCAUAUUUAACCGUUUCAGUGAUUAGUUUAAUUUCCAGAGAAUGUCCCGGGAAUACAGGAGGCGCGCAAUUUGGAUAUGAUCUGAAAGUUUGGGAGGCGAGUGGGCGGUUAUCCUGACACGUGAAUGCUCCCAUUGGAGUACUUCCAUCCAUCUAUCCAUCUCCUCCAACUAUAGUGUGUUCUGGUCCCAGAGCCAGAGGAAAAGUAGAGGGGAGAGGAAUUUAAGGGCAGAUUGAUAUACUCGGGGGGCAGUAACUGGCCAGAAGGGCUUCAAAGGACGACUGGUGAAAACGUGCCCUGGAUUCGGCAUGUUUUUCUCCUAAUGUUGACAUUACGGUUCGCCUCUUGUCCAUAUAAACCCCGUUUAGUAAAGUUUGGGACACUUCUAAAGCGCAAUGGCUGACCCGUUGAGUUUCAUGCAUCAGUCUGAUCAGGGCUCCAGCAGCGAGCGGAGCGACGAUUCCCCGUCUGCCGUGUCUGAGGAUGACUCGAGCGGCCACAUCUCCCCGCCUGACCCAGACUGGACCGAAGAGAGGUUUCGAGUUGACCGAAAGAAGCUAGAAACUAUGUUACUGGCUGCCAGUGAGGAGAGGAUAAAUGGAGGAGAGGAUUUUUUUCAGAAGGUCAUAGAUGAAACCAAUACUCAAAUUGCCUGGCCGUCUAAGUUAAAGAUUGGAGCCAAGUCCAAAAAAGAUCCACAUAUUAAGGUCAGUGGAAAGAGGGAAGAUGUGCGAGAGGCGAAAGAGAAAAUAAUGUCCGUUCUUGACACAAAGAGUAAUCGUGUGACCCUGAAAAUGGACGUAUCACACACAGAACACUCGCAUGUGAUUGGAAAAGGAGGAAAUAACAUCAAACGAGUGAUGGAAGAGACGGGCUGCCACAUACACUUCCCUGACUCUAACAGACACAGCCAGGGAGAGAAGAGCAACCAGGUGUCAAUAGCAGGGCAGCCUGCUGGAGUAGAGGCAGCGAGAAUUAAAAUACGAGAGUUGUUGCCAUUGGCGCUGAUGUUUGAAUGUAGUGGGGUGGUACAGCAGGUGGACUGUAGCUCUCCUGUAGUUCAGCAUAUAUCCCACACUUACAACGUCUCCAUCUCCUUCAAACCACCCUCUCGUCUCUAUGGCAACACUGCCAUUGUCCGCGGCAACCAGAACAAUGCCAAUGGCAUUAAGCGAGGGACAGCUUUGCUGUUGGAGCACCUCGCUGGGUCUUUUGCCGGCUCUGUUCUGGUCAGCACACAACUGGACAUCGCACCCCAGCACCAUCUCUUCCUGCUGGGCCGCAAUGGAGCCAACAUCAAACACAUUACCCAGUGCACAGGAGCCCACAUACACUUCCCUGACCUCAAUACACACUCACACUCCCCCACGCACACUAGCCGCUCCGGAGUCUACAUACAGGGGAGCAUUGACGCCGUAUGUGCGGCUAGACAGCAGCUCAUGGGCUGUCUGCCGCUGGUGUUGAUGUUCGAUAUUAAGGAGGAGAUGGAGGUGGCGUCUCAGGUCAUCACUCUACUUAUGGAGCACCUAGACGUCUUCAUCAGUAUUAAACCCAAACCGAAACAACCCAGCAAGUCUGUGAUUGUGAAGAGUGUGGAAAGGAAUGCUGGUAGCAUGUAUGAGGUACGCAGGAUUCUGUUGGGGCUGGAGUCCAGCUGCGUCCCCUCCUCCAUUAGUCCUGUCGCUGUUAACGGACAUACUUCUGCCUCCCCUCCCCUGAUUGGCUCUGUUGGACAGGACACUCUAGCCUCAGCUGGACUGAGGCUAAGCACUUUGGUUGGUCUUCUAAGGUCUUCAGUCAGCCCCGUUCCAAACGGUUCCUCCAACCCAAACUGUGUCCUUAACGGACAGGGCUCUGUGUUAAACAUCCAGAACGGAGCAUCGAACAACACACAGCAUAUUCAUACGCCCUCUCACACACCUGCUAAUUCACACACACAUUCACAUGCUCCUGUUCACACAGCGUCUCUUUGGCCCAGUGCCUUCAGUUCAACAGCUAACACAGCAGGGUUUUCCUCCGAUCUGAUGUUGCAGUCUGUGUCUCAGGCGACUCUUAGUGGUCUUCUUCUCUCUGGCGUCCAGAGUCAAACACACACACCGUCCCCUCCACCUGGACUCGCACCGAUACACAAACCAGCCAGCGCCGAACAUCUCAAUGGACAUCUUGCCAGUUCUGUGUACAGUAGGAUCUCCUCUGUAUCGCUUAACCCCGCCCACUGUGACACUGCCCAGGAAGUUAUCGGACACGCCCAAUCCGAAUCCAUUUCCAAUAAAUCAACAGAUGAAGGCUCUGAUACCUUUGUUGAAGUGGGCAUGCCCAGGAGCCCGUCUCAUUCAGCCAAUGGGAGUGAACUAAAGCAGAUGCUGACCUCCUGCACGGCAUCCUCAGUGAAACGACAAACGGUGGAACUUCUGCAGAGAACCAAGAACUCGCUUCUGCAUGUGGAGUGUGUGUUGGCAGAUUCUGAAUGUGAGAAUACAGUCACUGAUAAAAGAGCGCCAGGGAGUGAGAGAGCAGCAGAAAGAAGACUUGCACCACAUUUACAGGUACGCACACAUAUACACAUACACUACUCACAUACAAGUGUACAAAAAUUAGAACACAUUUACUCACCUGCUUUGUGUCUGAUUGUGUUUCAGGCUUUUGACUAUGAGAAAAAAAAGCUACUAGCCACUAAAGCCAUGUUAAAGAAGCCAGUUGUAACAGAGAUUCGGACCCCGACAAAUACCUGGAGUGGGUUGGGCUUCUCUAAAUCAUUGCCAGCAGAGUGCAUGAAAGAGUUGCACAGGGUGAACCGUGUGCCAUAUAAACCCAGCAUGUGCACGACAUAUGAGGACUCUCAUCUGUCUGUGUCACACUCUGGGAGUCGAGAAAGUUUGGGUAAUGGCACUGAAUCUGAUAAUUGGGAUGAUCGGAACGGGAAUGUUAACAUCAAUGGGAACGGACUCUCAGGAAACUCUGAAUUUUCCCCCGCUGUCAGCAGCCCAAAGAGAAUCAAGAACAGAUCUAGUGAACAGUAUCUCAGCAGCAGUAAUUAUAUGGACAGUAUCUUUAGGUCGGGUAGUAAUGGCUGCUCUCUCAGCUCAUCUCUUAAAGGAACAGACCUCCCUGAGCUUUUCAGCAAACUCGGUCUCGGCAAGUACACAGACAUCUUCCAGCAGCAGGAGAUUGAUCUGCAGACAUUCGUCACCCUGACGGAUCCAGACCUGAAGGAACUAGGAAUCACGACAUUUGGUGCUCGCAGGAAAAUGCUACUUGCGAUCUCAGAGCUGAACAAGAGCAGGAGGAAGCUCUUUAUCACACCCAACAUUCGCUCCUCCUUCCUAGAAGGUGGGGCCAGUGGUCGGCUGUCACGCCAGUUCCACGCGGACAUGGCGAGUGUCAGUGGCUGCUGGUGAUCUCAUAUCUUUACUUGCUCACAAGCAUCUGUCCUUUCCAUGGUCUUGCAUCAGAGGUGAACCAAGCAUCCCUUACCUAAACUGGACUCUAGCUCUUAUUCUUACUGGACUCUAGUUGAUGUGGAAAGCCAAAAUGAGAUGCAGCGACGGAGCCCAUAAAUACACAAAAGGGAAAUUAUUCAAUAUUGUUAGAGAAUGUGCCAAUAAUGUUGUCUUACAUUAAGUCUGGGUUAACAGGCAAAGCACAGAGAUUAUAAACUAACCAUACUGUCAGCGGCAAGCACGCUGCAGUAUUGGUGUCUAGCACUUUAAUCUGUAUACUCUGCUGUUUUUGCCUGUUUGUUGAAUGCAACUUUUGUUUUUUUGUUUUUUUUUUGGGGGGGGGGGGGUCUUUCCAGUGCCAAAGCCAAACACAAGCACUUAUUCAGCUUGAAAUUUCCAGGUCACACUCAAAGAUCAACUGCUUGGUAAUCACAACCAGGCGAUGCUUAUGUUGUUUAGCGCUUUUGAUUGACUGUUGUACUCAUGUUCAGUGUUUCAAUACCCAUUGCAGUAUUGUUGUAUUUUAAAGACAUUUUAUUUUAUAGUUGCAUUAUGUUUUCAUAUUUUUUGUUAAUCUUUUUAAAGAGGUAUUAUCAGUUUACAUUAAUUUUUUCAAUUUGGUAAAGCUUUUCGGUUGAGAUCAUUUGUUUUUUUAGUUUGUUUUGUACUUCAAUAGAUGUUCUCGCAGUUAUCUCAAUCAAAUGUUAAUCCGUGUAGAUCCACUCAGUUUCUUAUUGGCAAAAAUAAAGUCUGUUCUGUUUGCCGUAGAAUGUGAAGAAUAGCAGUAAAAAAAAUAAAAAUAAUGUUUAGAAAUUUGCUUCUGAGUUGUAUUUACGUUUUACCUGUUGCACAAAUAUCAAAUAUUAUUUGCAUUAGCUGCUAUAACUAAAAAUUUAAUUGGGUCUAAAAUCUAAGCAUUUUGAUCUAGUUUUGGCGAGUGUGUGGGUGUCCGAAAAUUUGCGUGUGUAUCCUUCACUCAUAGCACAAAGUCAUUUAUAAACUCAAGGGCUACCAUCAUUAAAACUAUGAUUUUCAAUGUCUUUGAUUUUAACUGUCCUUGAACAGGAAAAAAAAUUUAAAUCAUCGGUUUAUGUACUUUCAUUUGUUAUUUCAUUAGGGUUUUUUUGUUUUGUUUUUUACAACCAGAUUGUGUGUCAUCUUUGGAUGUAUUCAGAGUAAUCAAGGUUAUGCAGCCUUUUGUAUAAGGUUUGUAGUGCAUUCACGGUACAGGUUACAAGAAAGAAUGUAAACCAUGUAGAAAAAGCAUCUAUUGUUAAAUACUAACACUUAUCUUAAGAAACCAUGCUAAUCUCUUUUAUAUGCAUAAGUUUGUUUUAUGAAAAAAAAAAAAAAAAAUAUGACAGUUUCUGAAGUAUUGCACAAAAAGUUUGCAGUAUUCUUGUAUUUUUGCUCAGUGAUGUUAGUAAUGUUUGUUGCUCAUUAUGUCCAAUGUAAAACUCUUGUAUGGUUCACGUGCAAAGUAUGGACUUUGAUUAUAAAUCCUCACAAUAGUGGAACCAAUGUAUAUGGUUACAUUUCUUACAGAGCAGGGAAUCCUGUCAGGAUUUGUGAUCAAGAAUAAUUUUCUUGUUUUUGCAUCUGACAAAUCAUGUCUGUUCCCUUUUCAAAGAGUUAUUCCCCACUUUUCACCUGAAAUAACUUCUGUUGCAAUAGUGUCUUUCUUUUUUUUUUUUUUUUUUUUUUGCUUAGGGAACAACUGUGUUGUUCUGUUUAUUGGUUGAGCUACCUUCCUCUUGAAGUAGAGCAUUAUGGGGGCAGUACUUUUUUUUCUACCGAUGUGACACUGGCAAUUGGAUCACAUUUAAAUCUUUGACAAAGGGAACAAUGUUCAUGUUUAUUCCUUUUAAGAAUGUUCUGUAAUUCCAAAUCAGUGUCCCUUAAAUGGACAGAAGCCAUUUGCUGCCUGUGAUUAGUGUUGCCAGAGUAUUCCUAUCUGUAAUUAACAGAAAAAAGGGAAUAAAAACAAAAAUAUUUAAAAUGUUCACCACAGAUUUGUGGUAUUGUUUCAGAAAAUAAAAAAUGUAUGC